AUGCACCGCCGACCCUACGGUACCCGGCACCCGUCGUUCCCGCACCGCUGCUGUCAGGUUGAUCGCAGGUAUUCACACUGCCGCUGGCUCCAACAGCGACUGCGCACCGGCGCCCCGUUUCCCCCGCCCCUCACCCGCCGCAACCUCGAGUCGCUGCAGGAACACGAGCAACAGCUGCAAGGCAUCAAGCGCUUCCUGUCAUGUGUUGCCAACAACCCCAAGUAUCAGCAGACCUUUGCACUGCAGGAAUUCUUCAAGCCAAACAUCCCGCUUGCGACCUGGGACUGGAUGACGCGCCUCGUGUCCCCUGCGGCUGACGAGCAAGGCAGCACCAUCAACGCCACCACCACCACUGUCACCAACCCCACCGCCACCGCUACUGCUGGUGUCCGUGCAGGGCGCUUGAGCUCCAGCAGUACGCUUGGAUCACAGGAUGCUGCGCCGCAUGUGUUCUCCCCGGCGUCUACGCCGUCAAAGUCGACCCAUCGCUCCCCCUCCAAGGCACCCUCGGGCUACGCGGACGACACAAGCACCGACGGGUCGUAUCGAACCGUUUACGACAACUACAAGCGCACGCCCUCGCUGGGCAGCUCUCAUCCCGGCGAUAUCAGUACAGAGGAGCCGUAUCACAGUGAAGGCCCGUAUGCGUACACGCACUCGUCCAGCAACUUGCAGCGUCGCCCCCGCCACCACCGCCACCGCCACGACCGCAACCACCCCCGCCGCCACCGCCGCCACGGGCGUGCUCGCCUGUCUCGCUCCCUGCACGACGAGCAAACGGCGCACACGCGCACAGCGGCGUCAUCGUCGUCAGCAAUGAUACCGCAGCAUCAUGCACACGCGAGUGCACUGAGCAAAUCCACAGCAGCGCGGGUCGUGCGGCCACGGACGCCGCCGUUGGAGCAACCUGACAUCCAGGACCAGCAGUCGCCGCGCCCGGAUAACCGGCGCCCUCGCAGUGGCGCUGUCGUCAACAAUGACACCACGGGUGAUGCUGUGACGGAGGUGGACAGAGCGCAGGCAGGCCAUGCCCACGAGCACCGCGCAGUGGACCGCAGCCACCGCCACACAAUUCGUCGCCCACAACACAACCAUGGAAGCGGGGUUGGCAGCGGCGGGGGUACCGAGGGCGAUGGGAAUGACGACGGCGAUGAUGGCGACGAUGAGGCAAUCACAGGCGGACACACCACCCCGAAUGCACGCACUGCGCACGCCAACAAACAUGAAGGUGUCGUGCAGUGGUGGAUCCCAUUGUCACCACCGGUCGUUGAGGAAGCAGCCCACACACCGCCAUCACCACACGAUCACCAUCGUCAGCGCCAACCACACCAGCAGCGCCAUCAGCCCCGCGGAACCACAUGGACUAUUCCUGUCUCGCCGCUGGGUACGACACCACAAGCAGCGUUUAAGCAGCAAGGGCAGCGCCAAGAGCACCGUGACCAUCAGCGACAGUAUGACCGGCAGUGGCAAUCACGCCAGCGAGGGCAGCGCGAACAGCCAACAUGGCGUGGAGACGCCACGUCGUUGGAAUUUCGUGCACGUGGCACCGACCAGCACCGCCACCAACACCCGCGCGUGAUGCAACCCACGGCAACAUCGUCGACGAUGGCAGAGGCAUCGCAGCGCCGCAAUGCUGGCUGCAUGGAUGAUGCUGGCGGUGGUGGUGGUGUUGGUCCAAAUCUGUCCGUGUCAUCGCAGCCCGUGCGUUGGAUGCCCCUGGAUGCGUCUCGCAUUGACUCCAGCAUGCAGCCGUGA